AUGUCCUUUACUUCUCCUCGUUCAUCCACUACUAUAAAUAAUCAUCUUAACGGACAUACAAUCUCUUCAACUGCAAAUAAUAUCCAUAACAAUAGUAGCAUUGAUACUGGUUAUAUGUCACACACAGACUUUUUUCCAUCAUUCAUUGACGAUAUCACAUCUCCUACUUCAUAUAAAAAAUCUUCAUCUGGCUCAUCGUCCAAUGUCGAUCCGUCAUCAGCUUCAGCAACAGCUGCCAUGAUUCAUCAUCCCUAUUUUUCAUCAUCCGUUUAUCCAUCAUUAUCAGCCAGUUAUUCGGAUGCUGCAUCUUCUUAUUUAUCAUCAAGAUAUAGUUCAACUGCCGGUGAUUACUUACAACCUUACCGGACGACAACAGGCUCAUCGCCAACAAACUCAUGGUAUAAUAGUCCACAUUGUGCAGAUCCAAGAUUUGCAAUGUCAAGAUUUUUAAGUCACACUCCUUCACAAUAUGACAUGAUGUCAUCAUAUCAAAAUUCAAAUGUUGAUUCGUUAAAAUCUCCGUAUCAUCCAUUUGCAUUUGCACCAAAACGUAAAAGACGUGUUCUAUUUUCACAAGCUCAAGUCUAUGAAUUAGAAAGGCGUUUCUCAAAAAAUCGUUAUUUAAAUGCACAAGAUCGAGAUCAAUUAGCGCAAAUACUUGGUUUAAGUUCAACACAGGUGAAAAUAUGGUUUCAAAAUCAUCGUUAUAAAACAAAAAAAUUAUCAAAAGAAAAAGGAGGUAGUGGUGAUGAACAUUCAACACAUGUUAGUUCGUCAAAGAGCAGUACACAUUUAUCAAAUUCACUAGAUCCAUUAUUAUUAAAACAUGAACCACGUUAA